GAGACAAAAGGAGAAGCCGUUCCUGUGCAGAUCACUGACUUCUGAGUGGACACAUCAGCCAGAAUGAGGAAAGCAAACUGGUUUGGCUUACUGCUGGUGAUUUACUUGGGCAAUGUUUGGGAGCCUUUGACUGUCACCAGCCAGACCUGCUCCCCAGGAUAUCAACAGUCCGGGAAUGGGACGUGCCUCGAUCGCGACGAGUGUGAAUCCAGCCCGUGUGGCUCCAACGCAACGUGCACCAACACAGAGGGAGCGUUCCUCUGCAAGUGUGACGCAGGGUUUGCCUCCAUCAAAGGAGAGACUGAGUUCACCAACUUAACGAUUCGCUGUGAAGGCAACGUGUUACAAUACUAUUGGGAGCUUCUACUGUAGCUGUUACGAAGGCUACGAAACUAUUCGAGGGGAAAGGAACUUCACAGUCAAAUCAUAUUGCAAAGAUCGCAUCGAGUGUGAAUCCAGUCCGUGUGGCUCCAAUGCAGGUUGUCAGAAC